AUGCCAUCGGUUGCACCAGUGCAUCCUGGGAGUUUCUCGGGCGUCAUCAAAUUCACCAACUGCUUAUUGGUAAAAGGCAAUGCUUUGGUCAACCAAGACUUAUGGAUAAGCUCUAAGAGCGGCAAAGUUCUAAACGGACAAGAGAUUCUCUACGAGUAUCGCACUGCACCGGAACAAAUUGUCGAUUUGGGUGGACGCGUCCUCUCGCCAGGUCUCAUUGAUACCCAACUCAAUGGCGCAUACGGUUUCGACUUCUCCGUGCUCCCAGAUGAAGGCACAUCGGCCUACGCCAAGGGAGUGCAUCGAGUCAAUCGAAGCUUAGUUGCAACGGGUGUCACAUCAUAUCUGCCAACCUUGACUUCACAACUACCAGAGGUUUACCAACAGACCCUGCCAUUCCUAGGGCCCUCAGGCGCCGCUCGCGAUGCAUCAUACGGAUCAGAAUCUCUCGGUGCCCAUUGCGAAGGACCGUUCCUGAGCCCUACUAAGAACGGCAUCCACAAUGCUCUUGUCCUACGCGAACCAACAAACAACGCCUCCGACCUGGAAGCCUGUUACGGCAGCGACAACCUGCAAAAGCCCUCGCCCAUUAAGCUUAUCACCCUUGCACCCGAACUUCCCGGUGCCCUCUCAUCCAUCCCCCAUCUCAACUCCCUCGGUAUACACGUUUCAAUAGGGCACUCGGAAGCAACCUACGAAGAAGCAAAAUCAAGCAUAAAAUCUGGUGCACGAAUGAUAACUCACCUCUUCAACGCUAUGCGUCCUCUUCACCACCGCAAUCCUGGCAUCUUCGGCCUCCUCGGCACACCGUCGUCGUCUAUCCAGAAACCAUAUUUUGGUAUCAUCGCGGACGGCAUUCAUCUUCACCCGACUUCUAUAAAGAUAGCAUGGAAUGCUCAUCCAGAUGGUCUGAUUCUCGUUACCGAUGCCAUGGGGUUGGCAGGUAUGCCCGAUGGGACAUAUGAUUGGACAAACGGGUCGCGAAUCGUCAAGCAGGGCCCGUUGCUAACACUCGAGGAGAAUGGUAAAAUUGCGGGAAGUAGCAUUCAACUUGUGGACUGUGUUAGCAACUUCUUGAAUUGGACGGGGGCUAGUGUGCCCGAGGCCCUCAAGGCGGUCACUGAGACACCGGCGAAGAUGCUGGGACUACAGGGUAUCAAGGGCACGUUGGAGGAGGGUGCGGAUGCAGACUUGGUGGUAUUAGAUUUGCAGGAAGAUGAGGGCGGGGAAAAGAAAUUCGUUGUGGAUGAGGUGUGGAAGUUUGGGGUUAGAGUUUUCGAUCGGACGCAGGACGAGUGA